GCUGGGAACCUUACUCAAAACCCAAGGGAUUAAACCACCAGAGGAGAUCAUACCCGACACGAUAGCCACACCUUUACUACGCUUCAACGUCAAUCAGCUAACACACUUCAUAUCAACCACACCACUCCUCCGCGGCGCAACAAGAGACUUAUCCACAUUUGAAAACCU